AUGAGAGUUCAUACUGGAGAGAAACCAUACAUGUGUGAUCAGUGCGGGAAGAGUUUCUCACAAUCAUCAAACCUUAAGAGACACAUGAGAAUUCACACCGGAGAGAAGCCGUAUGCAUGUGAUCAGUGUGGGAAAAGUUUCACAGAAAAAGUACAACUUAAAAACCACAUGAGAAUCCACACUGGAGAGAAGCCGUGUGCAUGUGAUCAGUGCAGGAAGAGAUUCUCACGCGAAACAACUCUUGAGAUUCACAUGAGAAUUCACACUGGAGAGAAGCCAUUCACCUGCGACAAUUGCGGGAAGAGUUUCACACAAAAAAUACAUCUUAGGCAGCACAUGAGAGUUCAUACUGGAGAGAAACCGUUCACUUGUGAUCAGUGCGGGAAGAGUUUCUCACAAUCAUCAAACCUUAAAAAACACAUGAGAAUUCACACCGGAGAGAAGCCGUAUGCAUGUGAUCAGUGUGGGAAAAGUUUCACAGAAAAAGUACAACUUAAAAACCACAUGAGAAUCCACACUGGAGAGAAGCCGUGUGCAUGUGAUCAGUGCAGGAAGAGAUUCUCACGCGAAACAACUCUUGAGAUUCACAUGAGAAUUCACACUGGAGAGAAGCCAUUCACCUGCGACAAUUGCGGGAAGAGUUUCACACAAAAAAUACAUCUUAGGCAGCACAUGAGGAUCCACACUGGAGAGAAACCAUACCCAUGCGAUAAAUGUGGGAAGAGCUUCACGAAUUCAUCACACCUUAAGAGUCACAUGAGGAUCCACACUGGAGAGAAGCCGUUCAUGUGUGAUCACUGUGAAAAGACAUUCUCACACAAACAAAAUCUUGAGCAUCACAUGACAGUUCACACUGGAGUGAAGCCGUUCAUGUGUGAUCAGUGUGGAAAGAGUUUUGUGGACUCUUCAAAACAUAAAAGACACAUGAAAAUCCACACUGGAGAGAAGCCGUUCACGUGUGAUCAGUGCGGGAAUAGUUUCAAAGAAAAAACAGACCUUAAGAAACACAUGAGGAUCCACACUGGAGAAAAGCCUUACGCAUGUGAUCAAUGUGGGAAGAGUUUUACGGAUUCAGCGUACCUUAAGAUUCAUCACAUGAGAAUCCACACUGGAGAGAAGCCAUAUGCAUGUGAUCAAUGUGGGAAGAGAUUCAGAAUCAAAGCAAGUCUUGAGCUUCACAUGAGGAUCCACACUGGAGAGAAGCCGUUCAUGUGUGAACAGUGUGAAAAGAGAUUCUCAAUUAAAAAAAAUCUUAAACAUCACAUGAGAAUCCACACCGGAGAGAAGCCGUUCACCUGUGAGCAAUGUGGAAAAACAUUUGUCUGGGCAUCAAACCUGAAGAAACACCUGACCGUUCAUACAAAGGAGAAGCAGCAUUCAUGUUCUGAAUGUGGAAAGAGUUUUUCUCUGCGGCAAAGUUUAAAAAAACAUCAGAAAAUUCAUACUGGUGUGAGAGAUUAUAUGUGCUUUCAGUGUGAAAAGACUUUCAUUUCAGCGAAUCAGUUAAAACUGCACGAGAGGAUUCACACUGGAGAAAAACCUUACAAGUGUUCACACUGUGACAAGAGAUUCAAUGUGUUAGGAAAUCUGAAAACACAUGAGAGGAUCCACAGCAGAGAGAAGCCGCACACGUGCAAUCAGUGCGGAAACAGUUUUGCUUAUAAAAGUCACCUAAAGCUACACAUGAAGAUCCAUGCAGUGGAGAAACCACUUAGUGGUUAAACCAAUUUGUUUCCUAACAGUCAUGAUGAGCGACAGGAUGUUGGUUGAUUGGUAUCUGUUAACUCCUGUUCACACCAGCACGACUGUCCAGAGCAAAAAUGCAGUC